GGAAGUAAAGCGGAAGCGCGUGUAGAUGUGCUGUGUCAGGUGGCCGUCGCUGAACAUGUGUGGAUGGCUGGGGUCAACUUGUCAUUUGCUGCUUGUGGCUUUCUGGGUAUCUAUCACCUUGGUGCUGUCGGUGCCGUCCUCGCACAUGGACAAAGGCUGUUGUCGUGUUUGAGAGCCUGCGCUGGGGCGUCAGCUGGAGCUCUGGUGGCCGCUGUUCUUGUCACUGCUCCUGACAAGCUGGAGCACUGUAAAGAAUUUACCUACAGAUUUGCCAGCAAUGUCAGAAAACAGAAGCUUGGUGCAAUGACGCCUGGGUUCGACUUCAUGAUCGAGCUGAGAGACGGCAUCGAGCGCAUCCUCCCUCCCGACGCUCACCUGUUGGCCAGCGAGCGCCUCCACGUCUCCCUAACCAACUGCAGGACGGGGAGGAACAGCACGGUGUCCAGCUUCCCCUCCAGGGAACAGCUCAUUAAGGUUCUUCUGGCCAGCAGCUUUAUUCCUCUGUAUGCAGGAGUGAAACCAGUGGAAUUCCAGGGCCAGAAAUGGAUGGAUGGAGGAUUUACAGACAGUCUUCCCAUCCUUCCUGUGGGACGGACCAUCACCGUGUCUCCUUUCAGCGGCCCACAAGACGUGUGUCCGCCCCGCCUGGGUCACAUGAAGCUGAACCUUAGAUUGCCCAACAUGAGCGUUACACUUUCCACUGAAAACAUCAAACGGCUGAAUCAGGCCUUGUUCCCGCCGUCUCCGCUCCGAAUGCAAGAGUUACAUCGAGAAGGGUACGAGGACACGCUGCGCUUUCUUAGGACAGAGGGCUGGGCACGGAUGUAAAAAAAAAAAAAA